UCAAGGGAAGAAGGAAGUUUUUAAUCGAUAAUCGUAUUCAAAAUGAAAACAUGAUAUUCUGUGAUUGCUUCGUUGUUGUUGCUUAGAUUUUUCUUUUGGUUUAUGACUAAUGUAACGUAAAAAGGAGAAAUGAUACCUCUAGUCGACAGCCCUGUGGGACCAGUGUAUGAUGUGGUUUUUGUUGUGGAAAUGACGGCAAACCUUGCUACUUACAUAAACACAUUGAAAUCUUCAUAUAUUUUGCCUUCACUGGAACAUUUCAAUGGCGCCCCACCGGAUCCAACAGAUUAUGGAAAUGAUUUCAGCAGUACGUUGUAUGAUUUGGUCACAUUCCAUUCUGGGGAUAUUGCUCCAAGCCCUGCAUCAAACUGCACCUACCCAACGACCAGCAUUCACAAGUUUAUGAAAUGGAUAGAUGAUGCUGAAUUUAUUGGAGGUGAAUCUCAGCGGUUCAGUCACAUAUCAGAAGGUCUUGGAACUGCUCUACAAGUUUUUGACCACAUCAAGCAAUGCAGAAAUCCAGGGAUCACUACCCAGCGUCACUGUAUUCUGGUGUGUAACUCACCACCAUAUCACCUGCCAUGUCAGGAGAGUCAGGACUACUCCGGAUACACCAGUGAUCAAUUGGCCACCAUGUUGGGAAAGCGGGGAAUCCAUUUGUCAAUUAUUUCACCAAAGAAGAUUCCAGCUCUUCAGAAACUUUUUGAAGAGGCGUAUCCCCAGGAGAAGCCAUGUACACAGAAGGACUACACCACCGACCCACGUCACAUGGUUUUACUGCAUGGCUACCAACUUCAAGAGCGCUCACACACACCAACGAUAGAAGACGAGAAACAAGCAAGUGAAAUAAUCAAACCAAAUCUCAGUGGACCAGCUGCAGGAGGAAUUUCUCUGAUACACUCGCCAGCUCCACCCGGUAGCUGUGACGGUCAGUUCAAGGUUCCCGGCCCCGCGACGUCUGCCGUCUCUAAUCAGUCAAGUUUAGGUUCCAUACCUCAACAUCCCUCACCCCAGCAGUUAUCUCCCCUGAAUCCUCAGUCACAGCCUCCAAAUCAGGUGAACCAGCCUUCCCAGCCCGUUGUCUCAGCGUCUCAGCCGUCGCCAGGAGCGAUGCAGCCACCGGUUGUACAGGUGCGGCCGGUGAUGUCUAUGCCGUCUGGCCUGGCGAUGCAGACACCCAACACAGUAACGUCUAUGUCUGGUGGAUUGACAGUUAACACGGCAGCUGCAUUGCGACCUGGCUUGCCACUUCAGGGUAUGGUUAAACAAGACCAAACUGGAGCAGGUCAGCAGAGACCGGGUCAAGGUGGAAUGCUACCAAACCAGAGAAUGCCGAAUGCGAUGGGUGCGAUGUCUCAACCGAACCAGAUGGUAGCACAGCCAGGCAUGACCCAGGGUGGGGUCAGCAGCGGUGGCGGCAACAUCGUCGUGACCCCGCCCACCAGCAUGUCCGUGCAGGGAGACAACCUGAACCAACAGCAACAGACGGUGAUCACAGCACAACAACAACAACAACAACAACAAAACAUCCUAGUCCAGAAUCCCAGCAUGCAGAUUCGAAUGAACCAACCGGGACUGCAGACAUCUCAGCCCAUGGUGGCCCAGACUGACAACCAAUCAAACCGAGUGACACAGCUUCCAGUCUCAAUGUUGCCCAACCAGUCAGGAAUGGUGUCCAAUCAGCCGUUCCCACAGCAGAAUCCUUCGUCUCAGCCGCAGGUCGGGAUUGUUGGGUCGGGAUCGACAGCUGUGGCCAAUCCGGUGGGAGUGAUGGGUGGAGCUGAUGCAGGGUCAGAUCCGCUGGGACCGAAGAGCUUACAGCUUCAAGGCAAGAAGGUCAUUUGGAGAGGAAUGCUGGAAUACCAGGAUAAAACAAAGACUCAAGAACCGAACUCGGUAAAGCAGAAGAGUACCAAGACGCUGAGCUGUUGUGUUUCUGUGAAUGCAUCAACCCAAGAUUUCAAUGCUCGCAACUGGCCAGAGAAACUUAUCAUGCAGCUGAUGCCACAAGAUAUGCUGAAUGAGUUGUCUUCCCUUUUCCGCAACUCAAGAACUGUAUCUUUCCACUUUCAACACACUGACGUGGAGGCUAUGAGAAACCUGUAUCGUAUUAUGGGAACUGGGUUUGCUGGUUGUGUGCACUUCCCGCAGCCGUCUCAGUGUGAAGUGCGUGUCCUGCUGCUGUUAUUCAGCAAUCGCAAGAAGGCUUUCCUCGGACUCAUACCAAACGACCAGAGUGCAUUUGUACAGGGAAUCAAACAUGUCCUCACAAAACACAGAACAAUCCGGGGUCUCCCACCAGUUUCACAGCCGAUUCAAACUCCAGCUCAGAAUCUACCGAAUCAAGGAAAUGUUCCUUUACAGACAAACCCCAUGACGUCAACAUCAAGCAUUGACAUGAUGACAUCACAGGUGCCUUGUACGAUGCCAAUGUCAAGCAGCACGAUGCAGCAGCCAGUCGUUUCCAUGUCGGUGGGACAGGACCAGGCACAGCAGCAGCCUGUUCCUGGAAUGAUGGGGAGCCAAGGAGCAAACUUGAUCAACAAUCCUCAACACUCACAAAAUGAACGUUUUGAUUUACAGAGAAAGAUUCAAAACUUGGAACAAACACUUCAAAUGGCCAAGCAAAAAGAGCUGCAGUUUCAGCAGGUGGAACAACUCCAGCAACGCAAUGCAAUUGCUGCGAGACAGCAACAACAAAUGAUGGAGGAGGUGUAUUUUCCAGGCCCACCUCCACCUAGUCACAUGUAUGCUGCUCAGCGACAACUCCAAUUGCAACAACAAAGGCUGCAAAUGCAACAGGGUGUACAGCAGCAGCAGCAGCAACAACAGCAGCAGCAGCAGCAACAGUUGCAGCAGCUCCUUCAAGUUCAGGGUGGAACACCAGCACAGCAGCCUGCCCAGCAGCAGCAGCAGCAACAGCAGCAGCAGCAGCAGAUACGUCAGCAGAUCAUGGUGCAGUCUCAGCAGCAGCAACCUCAACACACAUUACAACCAUCACAGCCCGGCAUGAUGGCUAACACCAUACGACAGGGAAUGCCAAUGCAGCAGCAAGGACAGACUUUUAUAGACGACUUCACCUUCACAGAUCUUAUGUAGAAUAGAGUCUGUGCCACCUACAGAUUGUCAUAGACAACUACAACACAGCCAAUACCACCUACCGUUGUCUUACACGACUACAACACAGCCAAUACCACCUACCGAUUGUCAUCAAUAAUUUCACCUUCCCAGAUGUUAUUUAUAACAAAGCUAGUACCAAAACCAUACAAUAGAGGAUUCAGGAAGCAGCAGCAAGGACAGACUUUGAUAAACGACUUCACACAUAACUUCACUUUCCUAGAUCUUAUGUAGAACACAGCCAAUGCCACCUACUGGCAUUCAAGAUCGUAUUUUGAACAUAGCCAAUGCAUUGACUUUUAUAUAACUUCACCUUCCCAGAUAUUAUUUAAAAAAUAGCCCAUGCCACCUACAGACUUACAAGAUGACUUCAUCAUCUUCGCAGAUCUUACCUUGAAUACAGCCAGUACACACAAUACAAAUGUUUUUAGAUGACUUCACCUUCCCAAAUUUUAUUUGGUACACCGUCAAUGCCACCUAAACAGUUUUGUAAAUUUUACUUAAAAAGGGACAGAGUAUAGACUUUGUGAGACAACUUUACCUUCUCAGACCUUUUUAAGAACACAGCUAAUGCCACUUAUAGGCUUUUGUAGAUGACUUUACCCUUCCAGGGCCCAUUUCACUAAAAAUCGUAAGUUUAUGUCUGCUACUAGCAGUUGUACUGGUCAUGCGUUUACACAUGUUUGGCAUCAAUUUCACACAGAAAAUUACAUCAUUAUGGAAGCUGGAGUAUUUUAA